UUUUUUCCUGUUGAAGGUCAAAACAUUGUUGAAACACGAAGAGAAGAAGAGCGUCUAUUUGUCACACAGUAAAAAUCACGCACAGAAAUCAUGACUGAUAGAGAGGUGAACUACACGUGUUAUUUACUAUGUAGUGUGUUCUUCUGUGUAUUUGGGAACUCGUUCCUAUACGGUUACAACAUCGGAGAUGUCAACAACCCUGCAAAGAUCAUUCAGAUGUUCUAUCAAGAUGUACUUACUGACAGGGCAGGAGGACAACCUAUGGGUGAAGCGAAGAACAACCAAACUGUUGUAGCUUUAGGAAACAACAGUUCUGACGUGAACACAUCUUACAUCUUAACUCCUACAAAGAACAAUACUAAAGUUCAUUAUUUGGACUAUGAGGCCCCUAAUGAAGUGGAAUGGCUCUGGUCCAUCACAGUGGCCAUUUUUGUUCUCUUUGGAAUGGUUGGUGCUUUUAUCUCCGGAAAAUGGGCUGACUACUUUGGGAGGCAAAGGGGUAUGAUCCUGAUCACAUUCAUCAUGUUUUUGGCCGCCUUAUUUGGAGGAAUUCCCAAGAUUACCAGAUCCUUCGAAGUCCUCAUUGUCCACCGAGCCCUUGUGGGAUUGCACUGCGGUUUGAAUGUCAGUCUUGCCUCACUAUAUCUGGCUGAGAUUUCUCCUAAGAAGAUUCGUGGAGCCAUUGGUACUUGUCAUCAGCUGUUCAUCACCGUUGGUAUCCUGUGGUCCAAUAUCAUGGGUGUAUCUAAACUCUUUGGUACUCAUGAGCUCUGGGAAUGGGUGUUCAUCUUUAAUGCUGUCCCAGCCCUGGUCUGCCUGAUUGGUCUCCCGUUCUGUCCAGAAAGUCCCCGAUAUCUCCUCAUCAAGAAAAACGAGGAAGAAGAUGCCAGAGAUGCAUUAAGGAAGCUGAGAGGUUACUUUGAUGUUGAAGAUGAGAUUGACGAGAUGAAAGUGGAGGCCCGUAAAUCUCAGAGUGUCCAGUCCUUUACCCUGAAGCAGCUCUUGACCACCAUUGACCUUCGCUGGCCAGUUAUCAUUGCCUGUGUUCUGCAGAUUUCUCAGCAGUGGUCUGGUAUUAAUGCUGUGAUGUCCUUCUCCAGUUUUAUGUACAAGAAUGCUGGGGUGGAGAAGAGUGUAGUAGAGUGGGUGGUAUGUCUGACCAGUCUUAUUAAUGUACUCACCACCAUUGUAGCUGUCCCUCUGAUGGAGAAAUUAGGUCGACGCCCACUUCUGAUUUAUCCCAUGUGUUGUAUGGUUGUCUCCUUCAUAGCUCUCACAAUCUUCCACAAUCUACAGUACGACCAAGAUCUACAAGAAUCUCGGGGUGUUUUUGCCAUAAUUGCUAUUAUUGCCAUGCACACUUAUGUCAUUGGAUUUGCCCUUGGACUGGGUCCUAUUCCAUUCAUUGUGGUGGGAGAAAUCUUCCGACAAGAGCCUCGGGCAGCAGCCAUGAGUUUGUCCUUGACCUUUAACUGGGUCUGCAACUUUAUCUUGAACUUAAUAUUUAGGUUUAUGCAGAAAGCUAUGCUUGGAUAUGUAUACCUUCCAUUUAUUGGUAUUCUGGUGGGAGCUAUUCUUUUCAUCUUCUUCAAAGUACCAGAAACAAAGAAUCGGACAUUUGAUGAGAUAGCAGCCACAAUAACCCGUGGAAGAAAAGCCAGGGAACCCUUUGAAGAUGGAGAAGAGAUGCAGAAAAUGAAUGAAAAAUCUUAAUGCUAGAGAAAUAUAGGAAUUAAAUGAGGGGUCAUAUUUAUUUAUUUGAUAAAAAGAAUUCUUCAACAAAGGGCAAUUACUGUUAAAUCUUAGUUGUGACUUAUUGUUAACAUGUGGUAAUAACAAAAUACAAAUGUCACAAAUGUCAGUGUAGCAUGAUUCAGGAGUAGUCAUCAUUUUAAGUUUUAAAAAUUUAAAAAAAACAGAAAAAAGGCAACUUGAAUUUCUGUUGGUGCUUACCUAGAACAUAUUUAGGAUCUCUGAAAUGAACAUAUCAAAUAUAUGUACCCAUAACUGCUUUAUUAAAGUUAAAUUUACACAGAAGAGUUGCAAAAUUUUAAUGACUAUGGUUGACUUUAUAAGUACAUGUUAUAUACUAAGUUGAAAGAUAAAGAGUACACAUUUGAUGUUAAAUUUCAACUGAAAGUUCAUUUGGAAAAAAUUAUGUUUGAAUUGAAUAUCACUGUAUUGUAAGGGUUUUACAGUUUUGUGUUUAAUUUGUUUACAGAGGGUCAUUUUUAUUUAUUUUUGUGUUGGUGACCUCACAAAUAUAGAUUUUUAAAAUGAAUGGAAGGAUGACUUGGUGUGGCAGUCAGAGUUCUGCUAAAUAACAGACAAUGGGUGGUGAAUCUGUAAUUUACGGUUGCAGAUAAAAACAAGAAUGAAAUAGUUAAUGUUUUGAUCUCUAGAAGAUUUACAAAGAAAAAUGAUUUUUCUUCAUUAUUCAUACAUGUAGUUAUAGGUACCUGUCAGAGAAAUUAGUUAAUAUUUAGUUUCAUGACAAUAUUUGUGUUUAUUAGUCUAGUACGUACGGUUGGUGUAGUGAUAAGCUUGUUUAGUUUGCCAUGUGUGGUCCGAAUGCCUGUUUUCUUUUUUUGUCAUUUCCAGAAGAACUUGAUAAUAGGUUGUGAAAAUGCAUAAUAUCAUCACUCCAUCUCAACCACAUGUGCAUUUCUUUAUGGAUCCUUCUACACUUAUACUUAAAAAUCUAACUUUGUGGAAGGGGGAAAGGAAAAAGGUUAAUUCUUUAUAGAGACUGUGAAUGGCCAACAUGAAGGUCAAGGUCUUAUGUGAGGUCAAAUGUCAAGAUAACAUUGUGUCAGGGGUAUGGUGUGUAACAAACACAUUCUUGAAUAAGAAUUUUGGUCUGCAUGCAAAGGAGAGGAAAAGUUCCAGUAAGACAUUCUUUAAAGGAAGUGUACAGGGCAAUUGUUUUACAACUGUGUAUAAAUGUGUGUAGAGAUAGUGGUUACUGUCUUUAACACAAAAUGAAUGUUUCUUUUUCCUGCAUUUAGAAUUAACAUGUAAACAAUUCCCUUUGUGUAGGGCACUGAAAUCAUUUAUACACUAUAUGUUUUAUUUUGAAUAGUGUCAAUGUCUUAUUUAUAUGCAUGUAUCUAACAGUCUAGGGCUUUCUCACAAGUUUGCCAAUUGUUCAGUGCAGCUACAUGUAUGAAAGAAUAAUGUUGAUUGAUUUUGUUUUGCAUGCUUUUACCUGUCCACUUAUUCUUAAACCUCAGCAGCAGAGGAUUCUAAUUUGAAAUAGAUAAUCAUUCUAAGCAUGCUGGGAAUAUUUUAAACCACAAUUGAGUACAUCCAUAACAAUAUUGCAAAAUAAACACAGCUAAAUAAUAUCUUUCAGCUUCAUUCCAAUUACGAAAGCUAAGAAAAAGUCACUCCAAAAACUUAGCAAGAAAUGAUACCAUGUGAUUUUUUUCUCAUUUCCAUAUUAGUGUUCUUCUCUGUAUGAAUUUCAUUACAUUUUUAUUAUUUGUUAUAUAUUUGUGAGUGAAAGCUUCUCUUUUUUCUCAGUAUCAAGUCAGUAUCAAGCAGCUUCAUAAAAUUUCAAAAUUUGUUUGUACAUGACAGUUUUAUUAGGUUGGUGCACUUGCAAUGUAGAUAGUUAAUUCAUUACAAGUGCUUCAUAGGCUAUUUUGUUAUGUAUGUUUUUAUUUCAUUUUUUAUCACCUGUCCUUUAAGUAUUCUUCUAAAUAGUGCUUAUUUUUAUCUUUUCUAUUACAUAUAUAAGCAUAUUAUCUUGUUAUUUAUUACUUCUUUACACUGGUACAUUUUGUAUUAAGCAUAUUUCGUUUGUAGAAGUGAUCAUGGAAAUAUUUUCCUAUAGUGUCACAGACAUCCUCAAAAUAUUUUUUGUUGGGAUUUGUUAGAGCUAUAGUUGUUCUUUAUACAGAAAAAUACAUGCAAGUGCUUUGUAUUCAUUUAGUGCUAUUUAGUUUAUUUUUGGAAAAGUAGAUUUUGGGGAAAAGAAGGCCAUUUCUGAGAAACUUCAUCUGUAUACUAAGAGUUUUUACCCUUCUGUACAAGUAGUCUCCCUUUUGUUAUCAUCCUCAAUGGUGAAUUUAAAACUGGACUACGUAACAAAUAACACAGAAAUUUGUGAAUUAUUAAGGAAGAGGCUAGAUGAUCAUUUUGAAUUUGAAUGAAAACAAAAGGAGCAAAAAUUGCCCUUAAUUAAUAAGAAAUAUAUCAUAAUAAAUGAUAAUACAACUGAAAAUUCAUUAUGUACCAGUAUGUACAUGUACAUAUAUUUUAGAUUAGUCAACAAAAGGGGCAAAAAUUGUUCAUAAUUCAUAUGAAAUAUAUCAUAAUAAAUGGUAAUUCAUGUACGAGUUUAAAUGAAAAUUCAUCAUGUACCAGUACUUACACGUACAUAUAUUUUACAUGUAGUUAGCAAAGUGAGCCAGAAAACGACGUAAUCAAUCUUCUUCACUGUGAAGAAAACAUUGAAGUUUUCGUUGAUUAUUUCUUGCUAAAAUAUCAAAAGGUUUGAAUCAAAUGGAGCCAGUAUUAAACCCCUCCCAUUCCCCUGUCACCCCUCAGGUUUACAUUAACUGCCAGUCUUCUUCUAGAGUUUAUGUCUACCCAUAUGUUCAGAUAUAUACUUGCUCUGUUGUUGUGUUGUAUACAAUGGCUCGAUCGUUUGUUAUUUUAAAUAUCAUGAGAAAGACAUUAAUAUUAGUGGAAAUUUUUAAAUUUGUACAUGAAUAUUGAAUUAUUAUUAAGAUACAUGUACAUGUAAUUAUGUAAUACAUUGUUUUGAUGAAUUAGAGUUCAAACAUUUUCUAUAGUAAUCAAUGAUACCAGCUAUGUCCAUAUAAAUGCAUAGAAUACAUUUUAUGUCUGUGGCACCAAACGUAGGGCGGCUUAAUCUUGUGGGUGCUCCUGUUAAGCUUGGGUGGCAAAGGUCAUAAUUCAGAGGUCAAAGAACAAAUAUAAAUUGCUACCAUAGGAGAUGAACUGUUAACUAGUCAUGUAAAGUUAUUUCAUGUUCAAUUGUAUGAAAAGAAGCCAAGGAUGAAUGAAGUUAGAAUUACUCUUUUGAACUAAAAUGUUAAAUAUAAAUUCUUCUGAAAACUACUGGUACUGUAUGUAAUGAGUAAUUGCUCUGUAAAUAUAAAUUCCUCAUGUUCAAUUGUAUGAAAAGAAGCCAAGGAUGAAUGAAGUUAGAAUUAUUCUUUUGAACUAAAAUGUUAAAUAUAAAUUCUUCUGAAAACUACUGGUACUGUAUGUAAUGAGUAAUUGCUUUGUAAAUAUAAAUUCCUCAUUUCAUCCAAAAGAGUGUGAAAUUUUAUUCUAUUCUAUUGUGUGAAACCUUGCGUACAGACUUUCACAAAUACAAAGGUUAUUUCUCUUUGUGGGGUCAAUCAGCACAAUCCAUUGUUAUACCCCUACUAAACAGUCCCUAUAUAAUUUCUUACUUUAAAAAGUCCAACAGUUCGACUGUUUUCCCUGAGUUUCAGUCCAGGAACUGUUAAAAUAGACUUUUAAAAAAAGACUGUUGCCCACUGACGUCAAAUGGAGCUAAAUUGAGUUAUCUUUUCCUCAAUUGGCAAACCUCGGCUGAUUCAGGUAACUGUGAGUUAAAUGUAAUCAGCCGAGGAGUGUCGAGUAAUUUAAACCUGUCGUUAAGAUAAACAGGAGUGGCCGAUGUUCGUUUUGCUGCGGCGAACAAAGAUGAAAUCCAGGCGAUACUUGAAAAUAUAUAGAGACAGUAAGAGUACGAAAAAUAUUUUAUUUUCUGUAAAAUUUAUGAAUUUGAUUUAGUAGGAGUAUAACAAAACAGUUGUUGACAGGAGUCUCGGAACAGUUGAACUGUUGGACCGGCAUGCAAGCUGUUGCCCGUGGCCUACAGCCUUGGGCAACAGCUUGCACUCCAGUCCAACAGAUCGACUGUUUCCCUCUACCCCAAUCAACAACUGUAUACUGUUUUCCCUCUAUAAUGUUACCAACUUGAUGAGACAGUGUCCAACAAAUUAAAUCUAUAAGCAUACCAUCAUUAUGUUUUUUCUUUCAUGCCCCAUACCUUGGCAGUAUGGGAACAGUACAAAAUAGUCGGAAAGCAUCAAAGGUUUAAAAUAUUUACAGGUGAGAACGUAGUGAGAAAAAUUAGCAUUAUACCGACAAAGAGAAAUAACUCCUUAAUAUGUGAAAGUUGUCUAUUGCCCUAAAUAAUUCAGGGAUAAAUUUACUGAAUAUAACUUAAAUGUGUGGGUAUAUUUUGCUUUAUACUGUAGUGCAACAAUAAAAUCUAUAAAAUA